AACUUGGUAGUUGAGUAUAGCAAAUCAUGAACAUCACCUCAUUCGUAGUGUUUCUCUUUCUUGUAAAUUCAUCAUCCGAAACUUUAACAGAUCCAUUUUACCAGCUUUUAAACUCGAAUGGGAAGCAGGAUCCAAACGAACCUCCACCCAAUAGUUAUCCAUUUCUGGUAUCCGUUCAAAAAAUUUUGGUACGUCAUCAUGGCCAUUUGUGUGGUGGAACAAUAAUAUCAGAAAGAUAUGUUCUUACUGCCACUCACUGCGUACUUGAAAGAAAAACGCAAUACAAGGUGGCUGCAGGCAUACGAAAUUUGAAAUUCUCCGGGAUAUAUUCUCAAAAGAUUUCCGUCCAAGAAAUAAUUCGAUACAGUGAGGAACCAUCCACAUGGCCGUUUGGUAAAGGCAGAGAUAUUUCCAUUCUUAAAUUGAAGUCUCCCUUGAUAUGGAAUGACUUCGUGAAACCGGUGAACAUCCCUUUGCAUAGCGACCAACAGUUUGUAGGUAAUGUCGAAUUCCCUGGAUGGGGAGAACUCGCGCCCUUAAGUGUCACUUCGUCACAAGUUCUUCAUGUUAGUCAACUGAAACUUUGGACGUUUGAAGAGUGUAGUGAAUACUUCAAGAACUUCACAGACUUUUUUUACGUCACUCAGUACACAAUUUGUACCGAUGGUCCCGGUAGCAUUUCCGAUUGUUGGGGUGAUCUAGGAGGACCUCUACUUAAAGAUGGCGUUCAAAUCGGAAUAUCUUCUUGGAAUUUCAAUCCGUGCGGAGAGGGCACUCCGCUGGUCUUUACUAGCACUUAUAUGUUUAUUGAUUGGAUUAAAAAUUAUGUAUAAAGCUAUGUUUUUUUUAUCAUCAUCAUCAUCUUCAGGUUUUCAGCACGAAGACUGGUUGGGCAACUACUCUUAUUCCUAUCUUUAGCUCUACCCUUUUUAGCCCUUCUUUCUACAUCUAAAAUGUCUCUAAAUAGCCCUUCAUGCUUGAGAAGGUAUCUUGCCAACCUACCUCGCCUAUUUCUUAUUGACUAGCGCCAUCUGUUCUUAUACUCUUUCUACUACCUCCUCAUUUCUAACCUUCUCCAUCCACGGUAUCCUCAUCAUUCGACAGUAACAUCACAUUUCGAACGCUACUAACUUUUUGAUAAUGUAGUCCUUCAUGUCUUAGAAAGUGUCCUGUCUCCAGUUUUAUACCGCAUGCCUUUGUAACGUAAGAUACUAAAGAUGCCUUAACGCUUACGAUUUUGAAAGGCAUGCUAUCAAGUGUUCGAAUGGUCGCCUGUAGUAGUUGUAAAAAAAAUUUAGUAUUCCAUGUCUUCCAAUUCCAUAAAUGGCAAUAAAAAGAAGUCUGAAAACUCUUAAAGUACUUCAAAUGAAAAUGAAAACUUCCUCGUCUUGUGCCAACGGGAUUCAUCCCUCAAACUCGCUUUCUUUUCAUUGGCAAACAAUUUGAAAACUUUACAUCACACGCGACCGUUAAAUUGGUAUUAAUUAUCAUACCUUACAAAGAUAUGCAAUAAUAGGUCACCGAAAAAUACAUUUUCUUACACACAUAAUUUUAAUUUCCACUAUCACUGGGAACUGUGCAUCGGUAAUGAACUUUUUUUAUUUUUAUUAACAAGGGGCAAAUUAACAACCCUCAAGAAAACAUUGUGUAUAAAAUCGGAGGUCACCACCUCCAGUCCAACUAUCGUAAGA